CCCUGGGCAAGGUGGCUCGCUCAGGCAGGUAGCAACGGGGGAGUGUGCACCUGUCAGCAGUCAAGCUCAGCCGCACUGCGAGACGAGGUGGAGCGAGCAGAGGGAGUGAGUCAACCAUGGACAAGUUGAAGUGCCCGAGCUUCUUCAAGUGCAGAGGGAAGGAGAAAGUGACAGCUUCAUCUGAGAAUUUCCAUGUUGGUGAAAAUGAUGAGAAUCAGGACCGUGGUAACUGGUCCAAAAAAUCGGAUUAUCUUCUAUCUAUGGUUGGAUAUGCAGUGGGCCUGGGAAAUGUGUGGAGAUUCCCCUAUUUGACCUACAACAAUGGCGGAGGUGCCUUCUUGAUACCUUAUGCGAUCAUGCUCGCGCUGGCUGGUUUACCCUUGUUCUUUCUGGAGUGUUCACUGGGACAAUUUGCUAGCUUAGGUCCAGUUUCAGUUUGGAGGAUUCUUCCAUUGUUUCAAGGUGUGGGAAUUACGAUGGUCCUGAUUUCCAUUUUUGUGACAAUCUAUUACAAUGUCAUAAUUGCCUAUAGUCUUUUCUACAUGUUUGCUUCUUUUCAAAGUGAGUUACCAUGGAAAAAUUGUUCGGUUUGGGCAGAUGAUAACUGUAGCAGGUCGCCUAUAGUUACUCAUUGUAAUGUGAGUACAACGAUGGGGGACAUCAUCCGAGUAAAUAAAAGCUGGUUAAGCACCCACAAUUUGACCUGCAUCAAUGGAAGUGAGGCUUAUCAGCCAGGACAGCUUCCCAGUGAACAAUAUUGGAACAAAGUGGCGCUCCAGCGGUCAAGUGGAAUGGAUGAGACUGGGGUAAUUGUGUGGUAUUUAGCACUUUGUCUUCUUCUGGCUUGGCUCAUAGUCGGAGCAGCGCUAUUUAAAGGAAUCAAGUCUUCUGGCAAGGUGGUAUAUUUCACAGCGAUUUUUCCCUAUGUCGUCCUACUCAUCCUGUUAAUCCGAGGUGCGACUCUGGAGGGUGCGUCGAAAGGCAUUUCGUACUAUAUUGGAGCACAGUCAAACUUUACCAAACUUCGGGAAGCUGAGGUUUGGAAAGACGCGGCCACUCAAAUAUUUUACUCCCUUUCGGUGGCUUGGGGCGGCUUAGUUGCUCUAUCAUCUUACAAUAAGUUCAACAACAACUGCUUCUCAGAUGCUAUUGUAGUUUGUUUGACAAAUUGCCUCACGAGCGUGUUCGCCGGAUUUGCUAUUUUUUCUAUAUUGGGACACAUGGCUCAUAUAUCGGGAAAGGAGGUCUCUCAAGUUGUAAAAUCAGGUUUUGAUCUGGCGUUCAUUGCUUAUCCAGAAGCUCUAGCCCAACUCCCAGGUGGGCCAUUUUGGUCCAUAUUAUUUUUCUUCAUGCUUUUGACUUUGGGUCUCGACUCUCAGUUUGCAUCCAUUGAAACGAUUACAACAACGAUCCAAGAUUUAUUUCCCAAAGUGAUGAAGAAAAUGAGGGUUCCUAUAACUUUGGGUUGCUGCUUGGUGCUGUUUCUCCUUGGUCUCGUCUGUGUGACUCAGGCUGGAAUUUACUGGGUUCAUCUGAUUGACCACUUCUGUGCUGGAUGGGGCAUUUUGAUUGCGGCUAUACUGGAAAUAAUAGGAAUCAUCUGGAUUUACGGUGGGAACAGAUUCAUUGAAGAUAUAGAAAUGAUGAUUGGAGCAAAAAAGUGGAUAUUCUGGCUUUGGUGGAGAGCUUGCUGGUUUGUCAUUACACCUCUUCUUCUGAUUGCAAUUUUGAUCUGGUCAUUGGUGAAAUUUCAUAGGCCUAAUUAUGCCAAAAUUCCGUACCCUGACUGGGGAGUUGCUCUAGGCUGGUGUAUGAUUAUUUUCUGCAUUAUUUGGAUUCCAAUUAUGGCCGUCGUAAAAAUAAUUCAAGCUGAAGGAACUAUCUUCCAACGCAUCGUAAGCUGUUGUAGACCAGCUUCUAACUGGGGUCCGUACCUGGAACGACAUCGUGGGGAGAGAUACAAAGACAUGAUAGAUCCUAAAAAAGAGACUGACCAUGAAAUACCUACUGUCAGCGACAGUAGAAAACCAGAAUGAGAUCUAAUGUUUUAAACAGAUGUGGUCAUGUAAAGUGAUAACUUUAGAAUCAAGGAAAAUUUUAUUUAUUUGUAGGUUAAUUGAGUAGAAAAAUGUAUAUACUAUGUCCAUAAUAGUAUAAACUUGUUUUCCCAUUUAAGCAGGAAUGUGAUAUAAUGUGAAUCUACUAAUACUUAACAAUGUGAUUAUUAUAUUUCUUUUUAGAUCAUCUAUCUGUAUAACACAUACGCAGCUGUCUCUAUUUCACAAUAACACUUUUGUAAAUAUUACCAUAAUAUUUUUCUAAUAUGCUGAAGACUUUAUUUUGAGCCGGUUAUUUAGAAAAUUGUUAUAUUUUCUAUUAUACAAGUUUUAAAAAAUUGUUUGCUAUAUUUUCUUAGUAUACAAGCUUUCUUUUCCAUAAAGCUGGGGAAAAUAAAAUCAGUAUAUUUAAAAGAAAGUAUUAAAGUUGAAGGCCUUAUUCAACUAUAAAUGCUAUACAUAUAUGCGGAAAACGGACUGUGUAUAUGAGCACUGUAGCUUAAUACAAUGGCUUCGAUCAAAUCUAAGAUCUUAUGAUUGUAAUAUAUAGUUAAGAGAUGAAGCAAAAUGUUUGUCUUAUUUGAGUAAGUUACUAUGUACACGUGGUAACUUAUUUACAUACUUAUAGGAGAUAAAUCUGUCAAACUUGUCAAGAAUGAAGGAAGGCAAUUAGAAAGUCCUAUGUCCCAGUUUCCUUACAGAAGAUAAUGAAAACAUAUCAUUGGCAGGUUCAUACAUCGAUUAGGUAUUACUGACCACUGGUUUAAACCUCACAGCCUGGGACGAUGAACAUUGCUGAAAUAUGCAAGAAACUUUUCAGCUAUUCUUAAAGGUUCUUAACUAGGGCUUCAGAGAACAUUUAAAACUGACAUUAUACAUAGUAUCUUUCUAUGUGUAUGUGUACAUGCAUUUUUCUGGGGAGAGAAUGUACAGCUUUCAACAGAAUACCAAAGGGAUCUGUGGUUCAAAAAAGUUUACGAACUGCAUCACUAUUUCUUCUGGCUUUUUGUUGUUGGCAAGUGAAGAAGGAAAGGAAUCAUUUUACGCCUUAAUUUCGGAUACAUUUUAAAUUCCUUUUCCUCUUCUUUUCUACUGAAGAUUAAGGGAGGAAGAGAUUAAGGUAUUAAAUUUAGACUGGUAACUUAUUUGGGGGGAAGGGCCAGGAAGUAGGUAAACAGAUAGGCUUAUGAUUGAAAAGUCUCAGGGAGCUAUGUACAAAUAUAUAACAUAAACUUGUGUUCGGUAUUUUAAGGAUUUUCUUUGAGGGUAAGUCAAAUGCUGUUAGUGAACUUCAACAGGUUAAUUCCUCACUUACACUGGAUUUUAUAAAAUAUUGGAAAUAGAUGGCUGAUGAGAGUUUAGAAAUACUUUUUCUGAUUCUUAGUCCACAUUACACUACAUGCAUCCCAUCAUUAUAUUUUGGUGCCAUUGGAGGCGUCGAUUUUUCACCAAAUAGAAAAACGCGUGCCAUUUUCUAUAGGUGAAUCUUGCAAUUCAGGGAAGCGUUAGGCACAUUUCUAAGGAAAUGAUACCAAAUUGGUGGGGGAGAGGGUGAUGGGGAGGCAAUCCCUUUCAAGAGCUGACUGCA